AGCAGAAAAGAAUGAAAAGUAUAAUUUAAAAUUUGUAAAAAAUGUAAACAAGAAAUUAACCUAAUUCAUUAUCUACAGUCAUCAUAGUAUGAUAAAUCAUCAAUGCAUUAGGAGGCAUUACUAUUUCUGUGUGUCAUGAAUUAUCUGACAAAAGAAUGAAGAAUGUCUAGUGAUUCUGGGUAGAAGAUUUCUUGUACAUUAUUGAUAUACAAUCUGGUACUUACAAUGACCACACAAGGGUCAGUAUCCCCCGCAGGGCCGACUCUAGGGGUGAAGUUGGUGAGUGCUGGUUUGGGAGGAUGUAUAGCAGAAAUGGUUACAUUACCCCUGGAUAUGGCCAAGGUCAGAUUACAGGUGAGAAAUGUCAAAUGUGAAAGUUGGGCCAAAUCCAUGCGACUCCUUGUAAAUGGUGAUUUUGUUAGUUUAAAAACUCUCCCUAAAAAGGCUCCAGGAAUGAUAAAAACUAUGAAUAUGAUUGUCCAGUAUGAAGGAGCCAAGGCCUUGUACUCAGGACUGGUACCUGGCUUACAAAGGCAAAUGUGUUUUGCUACUAUAAGACUUGGUUUCUAUGAUGAAACAAAGGCGAGAUAUCAAAGCCUGUUUGGCCAAGAUGCAGAUUCCACUCCAAACGUAUUCAUCAGGAUUCUGUCCGGUCUCACUACUGGUGCUCUAUGUGUAACUGUUGCUCAACCUACCGAUGUAGUCAAGAUUCGGAUGCAAGCCUCCGGUGCAAUAGGUCAUCACGCAUAUACUAAAGUGUUCAAGGCAUAUUCACAGAUUUUUAAUACUGAAGGAAUGAAAGGGCUCUGGAAAGGUUAUAUUCCAAAUGUAGCAAGAAACAGUAUUAUGAAUGUAUCAGAGCUAGUCACGUAUGAUAUGAUUAAAGAGGAAGUAUUAAAACAUAAGUAUUUAGAGGACAAUCUACUGUGUCAUAUAGCAUGUGGGUUUGGUUCAGGAUUUGUCUCCACUAUUAUAGCAUCACCUAUAGAUGUUGUGAAAACACGUUUUAUGAGCUCAUUUGUCGGACAAUAUACUGGGGUUAUUGACUGUCUAGUGCAGAUGGUCAAAGAAAAUGGCCUCCGUUCUUUAUAUAAAGGUGUUGUGCCUUCCUUUAUGCGAAUUGCUUCAUGGAAUGUUGUUAUGUUUGUUUGUUAUGAAGAAAUAAAGAAGCUUUUACAUCAAGGUAACCAUGAAACAUAUCAGGCCAUACAAGAGUUAGUGACACAGGAGGACUGAAGAAUCUUCACUGCCAGAAAAUAUAUAUACUUGUGUCUCUUCCAUGAAACCUCAGAGUGUUAUAUACAUGUAUAACUGUCCUUAUAUAUGAAAUGUAUGUGUUUGAGAUGUGAGUUAAUUGAUGAUUUAAUGUUAGGUUUGAGAGUAUAAAUUUUCAGAUUUGUUGUUGAAAAUUCUUCACUGCCUUGUGUUGAUUAAUUCAAACAAAAAUUUAAGAUGUCCAUCUUAUUAUGAUCAAUGAAAUGCAGUCAUAUUUUAUACAAUGACAAGAGAACAGCUCUUUUGUUGUGUAAAAAGAUCUGGAUGUGAUUUUAGACCCAUGUAACAUUUAAUUGCAAUCUCAUUUUUUAUAGUUAUUUCUAGUGUAGACAGA